AUGCCGCCCUCGCCGUCCAAGCGUCGCCACGACGACGACGAGUACAAGCCCCCGUCCCGGCCCAAGCCCACCCUGGCCGCCGCGUCCACCUCGGACGGCAGGGCCGCCACGCCGGCCACGACCACGGGCAAGAAGACCAAGAAGGACAAGGUGCCCAUGACCCCGGCCACCCCGGACGACGUCGCGUUCGGUCGCGCCGCCGCAGCGCGCGCCCUCGCCGCCCUCCAGGCCAGGCAGGCAGCUUUGGCCACGCCUCCUGUCGUCGCCACCACGCCGGCGCCGGCGCCGGCCAAGAAGCGCGGGCCGCCCACCGUCAAGAAGUCGGUUGCGCGCGCCGAGUCGACCGACGGCGACAGCGACCGCGACGCCGAGGUCGUCGUCGCCGCCGCCGCCUCGAAGAAGAAGAAGGUCACGGCGAGCAAGAAGGUCGUGCAGCCCGUUGCUGCGGCCGAGCCGACGCCGAGGGGCAAGGGCAAGGCGCCUGUGCUCGAGCAGGUCGAGGCCGAGGACGAGGUGGACCAGCUUGCGAGCCAGAGCCACCGUUCGCCGUCGCCCGUGGCCACGCCCGCACCGGCGCCCAAGAAGCGCGGCCGUCCGCCCAAGGUCAAGCCCGCCGCCGACGCGACGCCCGCACCUGCUCCCGCUGCGCCUGCCGCCGACGACUCGGACGCGCCUGCACCUGCCCCGAAGAAGCGCGGCCGGCCGCCCAAGGCCAAGCCGGUCGUCGAGGCCGCACCCGUACGCUCGCCCUCGCCCGCCGCAUCGCCCGCUCCCGCCCCCAAGAAGCGUGGUCGGCCGCCCAAGGUCAAGCCCGCCGCCGACGCGACGCCCGCACCCGCUCCUGCCGCCGCGGCCGACGACUCGGACGCGCCCGCACCUGUUCCUAAGAAGCGCGGCCGCCCGCCCAAGGCCAAGCCCGUCGUCGACGCCGAGCCGACGCCCGCUCCUCCUCCCGCGGCCGACGAGCCGGACGAGCCGGCGCCGGCGCCCAAGAAGCGCGGUCGGCCGCCCAAGGUCAAGCCUGUCGAGGUCGCGCCCGCCGCCACGCCUGCGCCCGCCGCCACGCCUGCACCUGCACCCGCAGCGGCCGCAGCACCUGUCGACGAGCCCGAGCCGAGCACGUCGGACGCCGAGGGCGACGCUGAGCGCAAGAAGGCCGAGAAGAAGGCGCGCAAGCGCGAGAAGAAGAAGGAGCGCAAGGCGGCCGAGAAGGCGGCGGCGGCGGCGGCGAGCGCGAGCACGAGCACGAGUGCGGCGGCCGACGAGGGCGCCGACGAAGCCGACGAGCCGCAGCGCAAGAAGGCCAAGAAGGACAAGGGCAAGGGCAAGGCCAAGGCGGUCGAGUCGCUCACGUCCUCGCCUGCGCGCGCGAGCCAGUCGUCGGCGCGGCCGCAGCGCGCCGGCGCCACCGCCGCCACCACCUCGAAGAAGCGCAAGCGCGCGGACUCGCCCGACCCGGCUCCCGUCGCGUCGACGAGCAAGGCGACGGUCGCGUCGACGAGCAAGGCGACGGUCGCGUCCUCGCAGGACCAGAACGAGCGCGCCUCGCCGGCCAAGAAGAGCAAGAAGCGCAAGGUCGCCGCGUCGACCGCCUCGGCGCCCGCGCCCGGCCAAGCUCUCGUCCUGCACGCCUCGUCAGCUGCCGCGCUCGCCUCGCGCCCGGCACCCGCCGCGGCGUCGCUCCUCGGCCUCGUCCUCGCGCCGUUCGUCGUACCCGCGCUCGGCGUCGACGCGCAGCAGACCGAGGCGCAGGUGCGCGCGCUCGUCGACGGCCUGCGCGACGCCGGGUUCGGCCACGUGCUCGAGGCGAGCCUCGAGGGCAGCCGGGGCACGAAGCGCGCGAGGGAGGCGCGCGACGAGGAGGACGAGCAGGAGGCGGCGCCGGCCAAGAGCUCGGGCAAGGACAAGGGCAAGGGGCGCGCACGCUCGCCCGAGGCCGAGGACGACGAGGAGAUGGCGGCCGAGGCCGAUGACGAGCAGGUCGUCGAGCGCGAGCAGGCCAAGGAGCUCCACGACGCGACCGUCGCCGCAGCGCCCGCCGCAGCCGCCGCCCCGUCCGCCGCGCCGGCCUCGCCGGCACGUGUCGCCGAGCGCGCCUCAACCUCGGCCGCCGCUCCUGCGGCGACGCCGACGGCGGUCAAGCCGCCGCCGUCCUCGUUCGACCCGAAGCCGUCGGCGUCCGCCUCUCGUGCCGCCGUCGCAGCCUCUCCCGAGCUCGAGCUCGCUCCCUCGCAGUCGCAGCACAAGCCCUUCCUCGCCCCGUCCUCGACCGCCGGCGGUGCGCGCUCGUCGUCGCCCGACAACGCCGACGACAGCGAGGCGCCCGGCGGCAGCGCCGCCCGCGCUGGCCGCAACAAGCGUCGCGUGCGCCUCACCAAGGCGCAGCGCAAGGCGGCGCAGGCGAGCCGCAGCCAGAGCCGGGCCGGCUCGCCUCCUGUCGACGACGAGGGCGGCGAGACGCUCGAGGUGCCCGAGACGCUGCCGGCCGAGGUCGCGCUGCAGCAGGAGGACGAGCGCGAGCCGUCGACCGAGCCCGAGCCUGGGCAGGAGCACGAGUCGGUCGCCGUCACGGGCGAGGGGACCUCGGUCGACGCCAUGGACGUCGACGAGCCCGCCCCGGUCGAGCCGGCUCCUGCCGCCGACGCCAACACCGACGAGCUCGUCUCGGUGCGCCACCCGGCGCUCGACCGUGCGAGUGCGGCGCACACGCCGGCGGCCGAGAGCUCGGACGAGGACGAGAUCGCGGCGAGCCUCGGCGCGAUGAGCAGUCCGAGGCAGAGGGGGACGCGCGAUCUCGACGAGGACGAGGUCAAGGCGCGCGACGAGGAGGUCGACGAGGCGCACGAGGCGCCGCCGUCGGCCCAGAAGCCCAAGGCGGCCGCCGCCGCCGCGCCGGUGGCGGCGCACGAGGAGGACGAGCGCGAGGACGACCUCGCCCGGGCGGCCAACACGGUCCUCCCGCCGUCGUCGCCCGUCCUCGAGGCCGCCGUCAACACGCGCCUGCCGUCCUCGUCGCCCGAGCCCGCCUUGCCCCGCAUCGGCGGCGACUCGAGCUCGUCGUCCGACUCGGGCUCCUCAUCGUCUGACGACGACUCGUCCUCGGACGACGCCGCCGAGCCGGCCAACUUGCUCUCGGGCCGUGCGAGGCCACGCGCGUCCCUGGCGCAGCUCGCGUCGGACGCGUUCAGCCGCAGCGCCCAAAAGUCGGCCGCGGCCAAGCGCGCCUCCUUCCUUCUCGGCUCGGGCGGGCCGUCGUCGCAGGGUCGCUCCCGGCCGCUCGCCGGCUCCGCAGCCGUCGGCAGCCCGCUCAAGUACGCCUCGAUCACGGCCGCGAGCUCGUCGCCCGUCGCGGCGGCGAGGGACAGCAGCGCGGUCGACGCGGCGGACGAGGUCGACGAGCUGCUGAGCCAGACGCAGCGCAGCUCGCGCCGCAUCAGCGCGGCCGCCUUCGACUGGGAGGCGGCCGAGCGCGAGGAGGAGGAGCGCCGGCAGCGCAAGGGCAAGGGCCGGCGCGCAGAGUCGGACGACGAGGGCGAGGAGGCGGAAGAGCCUGAGGCCGCACCAGCCCCCGCCAUCGACGAGACCGUCGACCUCGCGCCCGCCGACGCGUCCGAGACGGCCGCCGUCGGCGCACCGACCGCGGGCGAGCCCGUCCUCGCCACGUCACCGGGCCCUGCGCCUCGCCGCACCGCCGACGACGGCACCGCACCGCCCAUCACGACGGCCGUCGACGCCUCGCCGCGCCGGCACCACAUGUCGCCCUCGCCUCAGCCGCUCCCUCAGCCCGCCAGCACCGCCCUGUCGGCGACGCAGCGCUCGCCCAACGGCCGUGUCGGCGGCGGGUACCGCAACCUGUCGAGCAUCGGCGACAUCCCGUCGAGCAGCCAGCGAGGCUCGCCGCCGAUCGAGGUCGACAACGUGUCGCGCGUCCUCGACGACGAGAGCGAGGACGAGCAGGAGGCGGCGCCGGCGGACGUGCCGGCCGAGAGCCAGUUCGUCCCGCUCGUCAAGGACAAGCCGCUCUUCCUCGAGACGCAGGGCGGCGAGUCGCAGGAGACGGUCGGGCAAGGGCAGGAGGACGAGCCGACGGCGCAGGAGGACGAGGACGUCGACAUGCGCGACGCGACGCCCGAGGUCGACGCCGACAAGGCGCCGCAGGUCAACGGCUCGCCUGAGGCUCAGCAGCAUGCUCCGCCAACGCCCGACGCCUCUGCACCUCCGUCGCCGGUGCCCAACGACCCCUCCUCGCCCAUGGCCGCCGCCGCACCCUCGAUCGUCGAGCCCGAGCAGACGCUUUCGAACGGCGCCGCCGUGCGCGCGUCGUCGCCGCUGUCCGAGGUGGCCGAGGAGAAGGAGGACGACCAGCAGGAGGCCGAGGAGGUCCAGGCCUCGCCCGCUCGGACCGCCUCGCCCGCCCCUGCCGCCGCCGCCGCCGCCGCCGCCGCGCCCAAGCAGCACCUCCUCGUUCCCGGCGCUGCGGCGCCCUCGACGCCUGCGCGCAUGACGCGCGCGUCGUCGGCCCGCCUCGCGAGCCGGUCGCCGUCGGCCGAGCCGUCGCACCAGCACCGCCUCGGCGCCGCGAGCCAGGGCGCUGCCGCCGCGCUGCCGACCUCGGCGCGCGCCCCACGCGCGAGCAGGGCCGUCGUGGCCAACGGCGCCGGCAAGGCGGCGACGCCUGCUCGCGCUGCCGCCGCCGCUGCGACUGUGGCUGCGGCGACGCCGGCGGGCGGGCGCCGCGCGAGCAUGAUGCCGUCGCUGUCGCAGCUCGGGACGACGCCUGCGCGGCGCACGACGCGGCAGAGCCUCGCGCCGGCCGCCGUGAGUGCGAGCGCGAGCCGCGGCCCGAGCGCGAGCCAGCCGAGCCACCUGGUGCCCGCCGAUGCGAGCGACGACGAUGACGAGGACAGCGAGGGUGGGAGUGACAGCGACAGCGAGGCCGAGGGCAAGGGCAAGGGCCGUGCGGGCAAGAAGGGGCGCGCGAGCAUGUCGCAGCCGGUCGCUGGGCGCAACGGCGGCGCGACGAGGAAGAGGAACAGCCAGGCCGCGCUGUGGAGGUGAGCGAGAGGGAGACCGGGUGCGCUUUAUCAGGGUCGUGCAGUGGAUGUCAGGGUUCUCUCUCU